CGGCAACGAUUGGAUACCGCUCACAAACAGCACAGCAACAACAACAACACAUCAUCGUCAUCACCAGCAGCCGACGAGCAGCGCGAUGGAAGCGAAGACAGAGGUCGUGGCCGUGUUUGUGGUCGACUUUGACGCGCUCAAAGGCAACUCCCUGAGAUGGCAAUAUCCAAACGACGUUGAGCUGCCCUUCGUGGAGUUCAAGGCCAUGCCAUCGGGAUCACACUCCGUAUUGGAAGACUUUCCGUAUGGGUUCUUGGCUGAAGGGAUGUACAUGGUGAGUUGCUUCAAGACCAUCAAAGAUGCCCAGGCUGCCCGAGGGCUGCGCGCGUGCAGUGUCGGUGUUGUCUGCACAUCUCCGGAUUUCCUUCAUCGCCAUCGCAGCUUCCUCAGGGAUCAAUGCCAGAAACACCUCGUGACUGACGAUGACGACUACAGCGAACUCAAACAGUACUUUGAGGACCAAAAGGCAGCAGAAGCAACAAACGAUCAAGCUGCGGGUGCGCGGGUGGUUGAGGUGCGCUCGCCCGUGUGGAAUCUUGACCGCUCGGUCGUCCGCGAGGCCGAGCACUCAAACCAGAUCCUCGUCUUGCGGCACGAGGAAGGAUCGCUGUCUGAGCUCGUCCGCCGCUUUGGUCGUCGAAUCAUGAUCCUCUGGAAACUGGUUCUGCUGCAGAAGCGUGUGAUGUUUCUCACUUCCCCGCCCGUAGAUCCGCAGUGCCAGCAAGUGUAUGCGUGCUGCGCCCUGGGCUCCCACACAAUCGCGUCGUUUGCACACACGCAAGCGCGCCCGUUCCUGUAUGCAAAUCUCUCGGACAUUCCGUGGAUGUCAACCCACUCAAACUACAUCUGCUGCGUCACGGAAACGGUCUUUGAGCUCAAGACCUCCCUCUUUGACGCGUUUGUGUUUCCAGAUGACAAGAUGCUGCCUGGUGCGAAUGUCGGCUCGCUCCUCAAACUCACGGCAGCAGACAAGGACCGCUACAAGCGACUGAUGCUGUCGCCAUCAGAUCCGCACAUUUCCGUGAACUCGGAGAAGCAGUUUUACAGCCAGGAGGACUGCUACAUCAGGUUUUUUGCUGAGAUGAACAACCGCAUUUUCGCUGCAUUGGAAGCUGCGUCCGCACGGCCAGAUCGAAGAAUCACAAAGGAGGACGUAAUCGCCGUUGGGUUGUCGCCACAGGACGACGGUCCGCUGUUGGUUGAACUCUCAACGACUUACUGUCCCGAUUUGGAGAUUGACGACAUGGCGUCCUGCUCCUGCGCGUAAUCACGCACAAUCACACACGCACAAUCACACUAUCGCAAGCCAUGUCUGUCGCUGUUUGUUGGCCUUGUAUUGUUUGUUCGUUGUCACACACUGCAUCAGCAGUGUCGCACCAUCCCCAUCACUCCAUGUUUCCCCUGCGUGUACGUAUCUUGCUCAUCUUCAACGCUCGCCCCCCCCCCCUCCUGCACGUGCGUUAAUGAACAACCACUCCCUCCUCCACCAUGUGCAUGAAUUGCAUGCAUGUGCAUUCUUGUUUUGUGUUUCAUCGACUUUCGUUCUCCUGCUUGUGCACCAGUAUUGCUGCUGCUGUUGUUCUCCGCGAAAGCGAUGCAUUCCAUCGUGUCAACUCGAGUUCAUCAUUGUCCGCAACAAAUGUAUUCGCAGCAACACACACACACACACGUGCAUGCACAAAACCACAUACACACGCAUACACGCACGUACACACGUACACACCCAUACACACACAUACG